CUUUUUUUGGUUUGCUCCUUUCUGCCGUAAAUGUACACUGGGUGGUAUAUGAUCCGAGGAAGCAGCCCAGCACAUUGUGUAUCGUAUGGAGCGCCCAACACCCUACCGACCACCGCUGUCACCACAACCCAGAGCACCCACCUUGCCCACCACCACGUCUGCCCCACGCAAUCCCCUGACGUGCUCCUUCGCGGAGAAUCUGUGCGGAUGGACCACCGAGACCACGGACACCUUCCAAUGGCAGCGUGUCAACACCGUCCCUGCCUCGCCACAGAACAUCAACGCACCGCCCGAUACCGAUGGGUGGUUCUUGUUCGCGCAAGGCACCGAGUUUGACCACGGCCGAUCGCGCGCGUCUGGUAUCCAGUUCAAUCACACUCCGUGCACGGACGGUUCUGCGCUUCUACGUGUACGCCACGCCGGCGGCCGGCGAUGGAAUCUGUGUUAACCUGAAUUUCGCUGACGGCGAACAAGUGACGAUUUCUCGACGUGUUUUGGACUCGGCUACCCUCAACAAGUGGGCUCAGCACAGCGUGCUAAACUGAAAAUUCAACCGAAAAUUCAGCGUACGUUGAAUCCGAUAAAAGCUACGAUUUAUAAUUAAUUAACCAUUUAACCGGGUAUGAUCUAAUGAGUUAAAUGAAGGAAGUAAGUUCUACCGUAAAUUAUUGUAAUAUAGAUUUCAUUUUACACAUGCGCAAAAUUUGUUCGUCAAGCCUUUUUAUUAAAUUACUAAUUCUGAAUUU